UUGAAAUAAGUUCAAAAUAUCUAAGAUAUAAAAUAUAAAUACUGAGAUGUAAUACACUAAUACUGCAUUUAGUUUUUAACUCUUUAGUUAAGUUAUACUAAAUCACUUUUUUUAACUAGUUAAUUAUAUCUAACAUAUUAUAACUGUCUGGUUGAUGAUUAAAUCAAAAAAAAAAAAAAAAUGUAUAAUAUACAUGUGAUUGGACUGUUUGGACAAUUUAUGGAAUUAUUAACAAUUAUCUACAUUUAUUAAUCCAUUACUUGAAUCAAAAUCAAAAUGAGUACCAAAAUCGAAUUUACCAUAAAGCAAAAGACUGCUUUUGAUCCCAAAUGGCUCGCAAUAGAACUUCAUGAAGCAUUGGACGAAAAACAACUUACCAAUUAUUGGAAUGAAAUGAUAGAAGAUUCUGAGCUGAUCCCUGUGGACAAUAGCAAUUUAUUGCAUUCAAAAAAAGUAGACCCAUCUGGACGAUAUUAUAUUGGUCUUUGGGCAGUAAACUGCCCAUGCAAAGAUGACCCAACUGACAAGGUAUGUAACUGUAUUACUUGUAAAUCUGAUGAURUCAGUGAAACACUCAAGUCCAAACAAAUGUUUGAAUCUCUAAUGUGGAAACCGAAUUGUAAUAAAGAUGAUGUAAAAUCAUUGAUAUCUGUAUAUGCGGCUGAACAAAGAAAACUAUGUGAAGAUAUUUGUUAUUCUACAUUAUUUUUCAAUCGAACACAACUUCGGAUGGCUAUUGCUUCCCGUUACUUUGGUGCUUUUUAUAGAGAUUCUUUUUUUCAAUCUAAUUCAAAUACUCAAACACAGUCGACAAUGAUACACCAAAAGUGUGAAAAUUCCAUUAAAAUAAAAAACAAUACUAAUGAUGAUGAGAAAAUGUCUUUAUUUGCUAAAAUUGGUACASAGACUGCAAUAAACUUCUCAUUUGGAUUUCUAGUCAGCACUUGGCGAUCAGGAAAUAAUUCUGAUUUAUGCACGCAAAUGCUUAAAGACUCAUUAGAAGCACUGCAAUGUAUUCCAGAAGAUUACCUUGUAGAUGAAAGCAAUGUUCCUACUUUCUGGAUUGAAACUCUAGAAAAAUCAUCAAAGUUCCUAUUUCAAGUAGUCAAUGGAAAUAUAAAUGUAUCCRAAAAAGAAAGCGUUAAUGUAAAUCACAUUCCAAAUACUGACAGACAAUUUGCUUUGUGUCUUUCAUUAGAAAUAGGACUACAAAAAAAGUCACUUAGUCAAAUAUUACAGUGUAUACUUAUGUUUUUUGAAUUAGGAUUACACUGUGACAAGAUUUACAGUAGACAUUUACAUAAUUUAUUAACAAUAACACUUCGCCGAUUAAAUUGGGUAGUAAUUAGAAUUCAAAACAAUUUCAACUAUGAUGUGAAUGAUUCAAAAAAAGAUAAUGUCACAAAAAGUUUUUUAAGACUAAAUGGUGAUGCUAAUAAUCCAGAACCUACUGGAAUGAAACAAACAGCUGUAAUGAUUUUAGCAUUUUUAGACCAAAUAGCUGUCACUUACUUAACGCUUCAACAAAAAGUACAUGAGAUUAAAAAUAAAAAUAAUAUUGUACAGUAUUGGGGUAAACAAUUUUAUCCUGAAACCAAAAAAAAAGUAAUAUCCACCCUUGAGCGUUUGCAUGUUGAGUCUGUGGUGUGUUCAAGAAACGAAAUUUUGGUGGURAYGACCAGUGGAACUUUACAUUUUAUUAGCUAUUCAAUUGAUUCAUUGAAUUUUGAAGAAAAACAAAUGAUGAAUGUGCCUAUUAAAUCUGUUGAUGUUUAUGAUGAAACUUACUUGGCAGUUACUCAAAAAGGAGAAGUGUACUCUUGGGGUGCUAAUGAAUUUGGCUCUUUAGGCCAUGGUCAAAACUAUUCUUCUUUUCCUACUCCAGAACCAAUUGUAGCAUUUUCUAAGGUUAUAGUUGUUAUGGUUUCAUGUGGAAAAGAUUUCUGUUCUGCUGUUACUGAGGAUGGUAAAUUGUACAUGUGGGGUAAAAUAUUACACAGUAGUAAUUGUUGCUAUACUCCAGAGUUAGUUAAAUCCAUUUCAGAGUGGCAUGUAUCAAAAGUUUCUUGUGGAGCAUCUAUUAAUAAUACACUGGCUUUAUCCAGAGAAGGAUACGUAUUUUCAUUUGAAUAUAGAAACUCUGACCAAGGUUGUGAUGAUAAAUCUUUGAAUGUAAUACCCAGCAUGAUUGUAUUUGAUUAUGAAAUUGUAUCAGUAUAUUGUCAUAAUGAUGUAAAUGCUGUUAUUGAUUGUGCUAACAAUGUGUUUACUUGGGGAAGAGGUAACAAUAAUAUGUUAGGCCACAAUAACUCAUUUCGUGUCAAUCGACCCAAGGAAGUUAAAUUUUUAAGUGGCAAACGAGUUACAUCUCUUUCAUUAGCAGAUGAUUAUAUACUAGCAUUGACUGCUACAGGCCAAGUCUAUUGUUGGGGUCAGUUAGACAAUGAAAAUACCACCCAAUGCAGACCAGUUAAGUGUUUAAUGAAUAGACAGGUGAAAAAAAUUGCUUGCAGCCCAAAUCAAUGUUUUGCUUGGUAUGAUUGUGAAGAAUUUAAUGUUGGAACAUCUACAUCAUUUGCAACAGACUUACAAAUACAAACAUUAAAUUAUUUAGAACAACUUUUGUCUAAUGAAUUUAAAGCAUAUAAGACAUAUAUUGAUUGGCCACCUUCUCAACAGCAAGAAUGUGUAUUAAUMUCAGUAUUACAUUUACUUACUUUACAGUUUYAUUCUAUGAUUAACAAUCAUGUGAGUGCUGAUUCUGUUGGGCUUAUUGGAAGCUCAAAGUUAUUAUUAAGUAUACGUCAAACAGUUACUGACUUAGCAUCAAACACAAAAGUAAUAAAUACUGUUAAACAAGCUGCUCAAAAAACCUUAGAAGUUGGAUGGCUUAUACUAUUUCAAACACCAAAUGAAAGAGCUAGCAUGUUAUGUACUAUAUUACAACCUCUGACUUCGCCAAAUGAUGAAUCCCAAUCAAUAAGUUGUAAUCAAGAGUUUAUGAUUAACCUCAUUACAAAUAGUUUAUUAGGUGAUAAUAUUCUACACACAUUUUUGCAAAAUGCUAUUCAACGUGAGAACACUCAAAAUUUUGAAAACUCAAAACACAAUUUUGAUGGAACAAACAUAUCUCUUUGUUUUAUAGUCUCUCAGUUACUCAACAAUUAUUUCACAAGUCUUUCAACACAAAUCCAUACUGUGAAAGUACCUUCAAACAAUUUUAGUCAAUCUCCUAGUUUAAAAUUUAUAAUGACUUUUCAAAGGCUUUUAAUAAUGUCAAUUUAUCGUAAAAAAGGAAGUAAAGAUGAUAAAUGCCAUUGUGAAUUGGGUAUGGAUGAUCAAGGUGCUGAAAUGCUGCUUUCAAAAUAUUUAAGUAAUUUUGUCAAACGAUCCUGUCAAGCUCUUAGAUUAGCAAAUCAUGUGGCAUCUCUAAGUUUUAAGCACUAUCAAAUUAUCACAAAAGUUAUAAAUGUGACUGGAUUUGACAAGUUAUUUAUGGAGCUUUUAAUAAGCUUAAUUAUGGUCCAUCAAAAAAAACCUCUGUUUUUACGGGAUACAGAUUGGUUUGAUCUUUUCAUACCCUUACUUAACGCUUUGGAUGCAUUCAACUUGAUGACCCCGAAUUUAGAACGUGAAGAAGAUGAUAAUUUGUCCUGGCCUGGAUUUUCAAGUUAUACUUGUAAUACAUGGUAUAAAAAUGUUGAAGAUGUCAUGUUGAUUCGAAAACCUGAUCUUGAAAAUCAUAAUAGGAACGGAGGACACUGGGUAGUGUUUAAUAAAAAAGUCUAUGAUAUACAAGAAACUAGAUCUAGUGAAAUGAAUUAUUCAUUUGUCACUAUGCUACAUUCAUCAUCUAUUUAUGAACAUGUACUAAGUGAAAUGCCCAAAGAAACUUUACAGUCCUGUUUUGUUGGAAAUUAUUUGGAUCCAGAUGAAGACAUAGUUGAACCUAUUGAAUCAAAUUUGACUGAGCCGCUCCUUUUAGACAUUCAUCGAACUCUUGGUUACUUGUUGGGGCUUCAUGCUCAUUGGUUAACUACUUUAUCCCAACCUCAUUGUAGUUAUCAAUGUUUUAAAAUUUGGUUUCCUUUAUUACAAGCCGGUAUUGAUGAUAGUAAAAAUAAUAACUAUGACGAAUGUGCAAAAAUGUUAAUAUUAACAUAUAAGGAAAGUUGUAAAUCUGUUGAUAGUCAGAUUCAAUAUGGACCCGAUCACCCUGUUGAAGAAGAAGACAAGAACAAAAUUGUUAUAAUACCCAAUAUAAAAUAUAUACCGGCUUCAGAUAAUGUACAAAAUGGUGCUUCUGAACAAAUAAAUGAUACAGAAUUGUUAUCUAAUAAACACAAUCGAACGGAAAUAAGUAAAAUAAUUUUAUCGUUUAUUCUAUCAAACGUUAACAUCCACGAAUUAAGAAAUUUAUUACACUCAGAAAUAGAUAGAUGUAAUAUGAUGCAAACUGGUUAUGAACUUAUUAAUAAACUAUUUAAAAAUCCUACAUCAAUAAGUUCUGUAAAAUAUAGUAUUAUAUCAGGUUGGUUAUCUGCAUCACCAAACAGUCCUACAUCAAGAAACAAUAAUGAAGUAGAACUUGUUUCGGUGACAUAUAAACUUAAGCUUUUAAUAGUUAAAUGUGAUUUCAUGAGAUGUGCCUUGGAACAAAUUAAAAUGCUUGUUUCUCAAAUAGGAGAAAUUCAGAAAUCAGUAGGGAUUCGAGAUAAAAUAACAACUAUAAAAAAAAUGACUUGGUGCCGAUUUGCCAUUGCAACAUUUGGAUCAAUAACACAAAUUGUAAACAAUAAAGAAUCUAGUCUGUUGAUUAAUUCUAGCAUAUUAUCUGCCAUUAACUCCAUUAUUAACRUCUUAGAUCUUGCUGCAAAACGACCAAUUGAAAAAAUAAAUACAAAGCAGAUUAUUUACGAAGAGGAUUUAAAUAAAAUAAAGUGUUUACAGGGAGCAGAAAUUAUACCUUUCUUAAAAUUAGGUGCUAGGGUUGUUCGUGGCGAAGAUUGGAAAUGGGAAAAUCAAGAUGGAUUACCUCCUGGUGAAGGGCAAAUUGUUAGUAAAGUAGGUGAUGAUGGUUGGGUUAGAGUUCUUUGGGACCAUGGAGUAUCUAAUUCUUAUAGAAUGGGUAAAGAAGACAAAUAUGAUCUAAAGCUAGCACCUGGAUUAGAUAUGGUAAAUGAUGAAGAAUCUGAUUGUAAUGUUUCUUGCACAAAUAAUGGUGAAAUACACGAAAACUCAACAGAAAAUCCAUUUGAUAUACUGAAGUGUAUCAUGAUAAAAUUUCUUAACUGUCUUUCAUUAUCAAGUGCUGUUCAUUCAAUUAAAAAAGAAAAUUCAAUUCAAGUUCUUUCAAAAUAUUAUUAUCAUACUUUAGAGAAGAGUUGUAGUAGUUCUAAUAUUUCAAAUGUCACACUUUUUCAUUCUGAAUGGAUUAACAUUUCUUUAUUAAAAAUAAUUUCAAAAAUAUCUGAUGAAUACAAACAGCAAUUUGCAUGUAAGCAGUGGAUUGACAUGCUUUUAUCCAUUAUUUCUCAUUCGCCAACAGUGUCUACCACUCUGACUACCCAGGUGCAAACCAUACAGUUAAUCAAACUUUUGAUUACACCUAAAAUGACUGACUCAUCCAUUGUUAAAUCUGUAGUAGAAACUCUUAUGGAGGUUAUUGGAUCUUCAGUGUUACAAAGUAACUCUAAAUAUGAUGUAAUCGAUGGUAAACCCACAGUGCCUUUAACUGCUUCAUGUUCAAAUACUAUUGCUGAAGAAUGUAUUCUUUUAUUGCGUACAUUAUACAAUAACAACAAAAGUAAAAUACCAAAAAAUACUUCUGAAUCACAUUCUUAUUUUGAUUCCCUGAUUAUUUUAAAUAUAAUAUCUGCGACUGAUUAUUUGGCAAAUCCAGUCCUUGAAAAAAAUUUAUUUAAACUACAAGGUUUAUCAUAUAGUGCAAUGGCAUCACUAAUGGUUAUUGGGGGUUUUGAUAACCGACCUAGAAUUGGAGGAAAUGUGAUUAACGGAAAUACUGAAGCUACUGUAAUGAGUAUUGAGAAAAAAGGAAAACUCAAAGUACUUGUACACMAUACUGGGAAAGUGGAAAAUUUUUUCAUCAAAGACAUAGAACAUAUUCCAAGUUGUACAAUAUCUAUGGACUUUAUAUCAGAAUCUAUGCUCUAUACAUGGACAACAAUGUUUUCUGCAGUAAUUACUAAUCAAUGUUUUAAAACCGUUACAGGGGGAUUAGUCAAUGAAUCUCUUCUUUGCUAUCAAAAGGCAUUAUUAGCUGGUAUAAAAGUUGUUAAUGCGUUGUUACAAAACCGUAUAUUACUUCGCAAAAUAUUAACACAACUGACAACUACUGAUGGAAAAUCUCAGAACUUAUUUCAAUUAAUAUUAUCAAAAGCUGUUCAACCCUCUCCGAUAAAACCAGAAUACUCAAAAAAAGAAUUAGAAGAAGCAGCCAUAAAUUUAACUCAGUACUUAACAGUUGACGUUCAGUCUAGUUCUGCUAAACAUUUUAAAUGGUCAAAAUAUUUUUCAAAAAGUACACUAAAUAUGCUAUUAGCACAAUUAUCUGAUAUGGGUUUCAAUAAGCAAUGUGUAUUUAGUGCUAUUGAAGCACACGGUUACACAUCGUUAGAUGAAUUAGCUGCAUUAUUAAUGGAAGGAAAAAAUGAAUGUUUAUCAGAUGUCACUGAUACUUUAUCAUCAUAUGAAGAUUUUUCAGAUAGAGAUGAAUCAUCAGUAACAGAAGAGUGUCCUGAAAAUCCUACCAUCAGUGACGAAAAAGUAACUUUUAAAARACGCAAUGAUUUUGAUAGUGCUGAUGGAUAUGCAAACUAUGUAAAAUAUGCUGUUGAUGUAGGCAUGAUUGUACGCUGUUGUAGAGAGUAUGAAAGUAUUAAUGUUGGAUGUGAAGGUAAAGUUAUUAAAAUUAUGAGAGAUGGCGGAUUACAUGAUCUUAAUGUCAAGGUAGACUGGAAAUCUAUUGGCAUUGUGUAUUGGGUACGGUAUAUUCAUAUAGAAUUAAUAGAUUAUGGCAAUUCACCCUAUGAAUGUGAUUCAGUAGACAACAAUAAACUUAAUGACAAAAUAAACUUACCUCAAGAAUCUAAUGAUGAUAAAAAUACUAUACAAAUAUCAAGUCAUCCAAAUAAAGAACAUAUUUCAGAAUUCAUUAUUAAAUGUACUUCUUCUGCUGAAGAAAAUCUACUCUCAAAUUUAUUUGAUUGGAAAUCAGAUAGUCGCUGGACCAGUGAAAAUACAAAAGGAGUUCAUUGGAUAAAAUUGGAGCUUCGUCCAAAUAUAGCAAUUCGUACUUUGCUAAUGAAAUUAGAUGAAGAAAAUGAGAACUGUAAGCCAUUAUUUGUAAUUGUGAAUGCUGGUGUAAGUUUUAAUAUGAUGGAAGAAGUUAAUCGUGUCAUUAUAAAUUCUUUGGAUAGGACUUUACAACUUUUACAUUCAGUGAAUAAGUGCCAUAAAUGUGUUGAAAUAAUAAUGCGAACUAAUGAAAAAACUUGUAUUAUAACUGGAUUGAAAAUUGAUGUGAUGAUAAUUAAUCAAGAAUUUGUAUCAAACUCAAUAACAUCUCAAUUUGAUGCUGUUCAAGAAUUUCCACCUCAGCCAGAARUAGAAUCGAAAAUCAGAGUGGAUUCUGAAUACGCUGUUUAUGUUUGGGGUUUAAAUGAUAAGGGCCAACUAGGAGGAUUGAAUGGAUCUAAGGUAAAAAGACCAACUUUUAAUGAAGCGCUUACUGCACUUAAGCCAAUUGAAAUUGUUGGAGGAUCGAAAUCAUUAUUUAUUGUUUCAAACGAGGGCAAGGUAUUUGUGUGUGGAGAUAGCAGUGGUGGUCGACUAGGUAUACCAUUCUGUGGUAAAGUUAGUUCCCCACGACAAAUACCUGGCCUCAGCCAAUUUGUUAUCAAAACUGUAGCUGUGCAUUCUGGUGGAAAACAUGCAAUGGCAUUAUCACUUGAUGGAAAAGUUUUAUCUUGGGGUGAUGGUGAGGAUGGUAAACUUGGUCAUGGUGAUACACUUACUUUGGACUCUCCAAAACUUAUUGACACAUUAUUGGCCAAAAGAGUAUCUUAUAUAGCUUGUGGUAGUGCUCAUAGUGCAGCAAUCACUUCUGAUGGAGAAUUAUAUACUUGGGGUCAAGGACAGUAUGGUCGAUUAGGACACAGUGAUGAAGUUUCUCAAUACACUCCAAAACUUGUUAAAGAAUUUGUUGGAAAAAAUAUUACUCAAGUAGCAUGUGGGAGUCGAGAUGCUCAAACUCUUGCAUUAGAUAGUGAGGGUAAUGUCUAUUCAUGGGGCGAUGGAGAUUUUGGUAAACUUGGUAGAGGUGGUAGUGAUGGUUGUUGUACUCCACAAAAAGUAGAAAGAUUAGUUGGACAUAGAGUUGUACAAAUAGAAUGUGGUGCUCAAUUUUCUGUUGCAUUAACUGCAACCGGCCAAGUGUGGACCUGGGGUAAAGGCGAGUACUACAGGUUAGGAUUGGGUAGAGUUGAACAUGUACGAAGACCAACUCUAGUUAAUCAACUGAAAUUAGUUACAAUUGAUCAUAUUGCUGUUGGUACAUUGCAUUGUAUUGCUGUGUCUACACAAGGGGAUGUCUAUUGUUGGGGUGAUAAUGAUCAUGGUCAACAAGGCAAUGGUACAACAAAUGCUAACCAAGAACCUAGAUUGGUUACUAAUUUCAAUAACAUAAAAAUAAAUCGUGUUGGUUGUGGUUCUUCCCAAUCUAUUGCCUGGAAAUGUCCUGUAUUACCUUUACUGAUGUCUCAUGAACAUGUGCAAUUUCCUAGAAUAAAAGAUUCAAUGGGAGCUACUACUUUAAAUGAAAAUGUUGAAACUAAAAUGAAGAUUGAAGAAGAUCAAAAUAAUUGUGAAAAGGAAUCUUUAUCGAGGACCAUAUUAUCAUUAGACUCAGCUGCUGCUAAGCAAAAUGCUCUUCAACAUGUCUUAAAUGCUCUACGAAUUACUUUAGCUCGAGAAAUUGUACUUGCUGCUCUCAUGUCCCCUUCUACUGAUGAUACAAACAUAAAUCAUGAGAUAAUCCAAUCAGAUCAAGGUGGUGGUGAAGCACCAGCUCCAGUCUUAGAUGUUAAUCUCUUACAUUUAAGUAAUGUGGUAACUCCAGAUAGUGUAGAAAACUCAUUACAUAUUCCAUCUUCUCUCACCACAUCAGCUAGUACAUUGUCUUCAAAGGCUACCAACACUAUGUCAAUUGUUGCUGCUACUAUAAAAUCAAAAAAUCAAGUGAUUGGAUUAAAUGAUAUGUCAUUGCUUGCUCAUAAAACAAUUGAUAGUUUUUUAUGUACAUUAGAUGAAAAAAAUAUCAGACUUUUAUUGGACUUAGCAAAAUUAGCAUCUGUGUAUAGGCUCGGUCCAACUGCAGAAUCCAUUUUAAUAAACACUUUUAUUUCUUUUAUACACUCUAACAAACAUAUAAAACUAUUAUUAGAGUAUUGUGUAUCAGAAAUGGAAGCUAUUUACGCGCAUUGCUCAUUUCUAGUAUCACCACCUUCAAAACAUACAGUUCAGGAGAGUUCUCAUCCUUAUCAAGAUGACUCCCAUCUGUCUGGAUAUGUAUCUAUACCUGGUGCUAUUGCUUUAUAUGUUGAGUUCAAUCAAAAUUGUUCAACUGAAAAACUCAAAGAUACAUUAACAUUAAUGGAUGGUGCUGAAAAUGUCAUCAGUGUCCGAUCAGGAAGAGACACAGAGUGGGCUAUGCCAUUGUUCAUUCAACGUGAUGAACUUCAUUGGAAAUUUAAGAGUGACAAAUCUUUGAAUGGUUGGGGCUGGCGUUUUGUUGUGUAUCCAAUUAUGCCUUUAACAAGACAAAGUGGUACUGACCGUGAAGUACUUUCCCGACCAUGUUUACCAGUUGUUCGUAGUUUACUACAAGAAUGUUUAAAACGACAAAACGAUAUAACACUUACUAAACGACUUACUGCCACAUUGAUGUUGUCAUUACAUUUAACUACACUGACUCUUGAAGAAAGAAUUUGGUGUAUUAAUAAUCUGAGUGUGAUAUUCAAACGUUAUCGAGAUCUGGCAUAUGAAUUAUUUGUUUUACCAUAUGGAGAGGGUUGUGUAGCUGAUAUACUUGUCCGUACUGAGCAUUUGAUGUUCAAGCAGUUUGAAUAUGAAGAAACAGCUGUAUUAUGUGGAACACAACUUUUUUAUUCUGAAUAUUUCAAAACUUUAGUAUAUAUGAUGAAAUGGUUAAACAGUAGUUUACGAUUCUGGCAUUUUGAUGCUUCUUGGUUUGUUGACUACUGUUUUGGUAUUGAUGUGGCUGGAGCUUUGAUUAAUCGAGAAAAUUUKCCAGAAGAAUUUAUUAAUCAAGUGCACAAAAAAAUAAAAUGCAUUGAUAAAAAUUAUGAUAGAGAUGGUGAACAUAUAUUUAUCAAUAACUUAAAAUUCACAAAAGAACAUGAUGAACAGCUGUUACAGUGGUUAAAUAGUAAACCUGAAGAUUGGAAUAUGACUUGCGAGGGAAAUGGUCAAGUAGUGUAUGUUUGGGGUCACAAUCAUAGAGGUCAAUUGGCAUGUAUGGAUUCUAGUCAAGUUAAAAAACCAUUGGCAUGUGAUUCUUUGUCUGUUUUGAAGCCUACUCAGGUUAUUGGAGGAGAGCAAACUAUGUUUGCAGUUACUUCAUAUGGAAAAGUAUAUGCUUCAGGAUAUACCGAAAGUGGGCGUCUUGGUAUUGGCCCAUAUAAUCCAAAAAACCCUUAUGUAGUGACUCCUCAACUUGUCCAAGGUCUUAACAACAUAAUUAAGGUGGCUGUCAAUUCAGGGGGUCGCCAUUGUUUAGCUUUAUCAACAACUGGAGAAGUAUAUGCAUGGGGAGAUGGAGAUGAUGGCAAACUAGGGCUUGGGAAUAGGGUUUCAUAUUCAAAACCUCAAUUGGUACAAAGCUUAAGUGAUAAAUCUAUUAUUGAUAUUGCUUGUGGUGGUUUCCAUUCUGCUGCAAUUUCCCGUUAUGGUCAUUUGUAUACAUGGGGAAAAGGUCGAUACGGACGUUUAGGGCAUGGUGAUUAUGAAGAUUAUUUAUACCCAAAAUUGGUCCAAGGCUUAAUUAACUAUCAUGUUGUUAAAGUUGCAUGUGGUAGUGGAGAUGCUCAAACAAUGUGUGUCACUUCAGAUGAUAAUGUUUGGUCAUGGGGUGAUGGAGAUUAUGGAAAACUUGGACACAAUAUUUCAGAAUCAUGUAAAUUACCAUGUAAAAUUGAAUCACUUUCGGGCAAGGGAAUCAUUCAAAUUGAUUGUGGAUCACAGUUCUCAGUUGCAUUGUCGGCUAAUGGAACACUAUACACAUGGGGUAAAGGAGAUUAUUUUAGACUGGGCCAUGGAUCUAGUGAACAUGUACGUAAGCCAAAACCAGUCAGUGGACUACAAGGCAAAAAAAUUAUUCAAUUUUCCACAGGAUCACUUCAUGUACUUGCAUUGACUGAUGAUGGAGAAGUAUAUGCCUGGGGAGAUAAUGAUGAAGGUCAACUGGGUGAUGGUACUGCACAUCCGAUAGCAAGACCCCGUCCUAUUGCAGCACUUAAGGGAAAACACAUUCAGCAAGUGAGUUGUGGAUCAGCUCAUUCGUUUGCAUGGGCAARUGAAGAAGCUUGUCAAACAGAAAACUCAACUCCAAUUACAAUACCACUAGAAUAUGAUUUAUUACAAGAAUUCAGUGUGCAUGAAUUAAGAAAUAGAUUACUGUUGUUGUAUCAUUUUACAAUUACAAUCAAUCAAACUGUUUUAUUAUUCAUGCCAAUUCAUGGAGAAAUCAGUUUAGAUGCAAUACGACCAUACAUGGUCUAUCCAGUGAAAGAAAGCAUAUUUAAAAGAGUAGUUCAGUUAACAACGGUUAGAGAACAGCGACAUGGACCAAUGUUUGAAUUAAAUAGGAUUAGAACACGUAAAACACGAAAAUCAACAUGCAAUGAUUAUACACAUACAGUAUUUGGACAAAUGGUGAACAAUAUGGACUUUUUAGAUGAAGAUUCUUUAUUUUUGUGUCAUCGAGUAUGGAAAGUUCAAUUUGUUGGUGAGAGUGUAGAUGAUUAUGGUGGUGGAUAUAGUGAAAGUAUUGCUGAAAUGUGUGAAGAGUUACAAAAUGGAUCCUUACCAAUACUAAUACAAACACCAAAUGGCCGUGAAGAUACUGGGACAAGUCGAGAUUGUUUCAUACUGAACCCAUCAGCUACAACCAAAGUUCAUACUAAAAUGUUUGAAUUUCUAGGUGUAUUAAUUGGAAUAGCGAUCCGAACUUGUAGUCCGUUGAGUUUAAAUCUUGCUGAACCUAUGUGGAAACUAUUGUGUGGCAUGAAACUUAUGCCUACAGACUUGAUUGAAAUCGAUAAAGAUUAUGUUCCUGGACUACUAUAUGUACGAGACUUGGAAGGAGAAGAUGAAUUUGCAAACCUUGAUAUAUCAUUUUGUACUACCUCCUCUACAGGUCAUACAGUUGUUUUAAGCAGUCAACAUAAACGUGUGACACAGCAUAAUAAACAUGAAUACAUACAAGCUUGUUUAAACUUUAGGUUACAGGAAUUUAAUGCACAAGUGAAAAGCAUUCAAGAGGGUAUGGCCAGAGUUAUACCAGUGCCAUUAUUAUCUAUAUUCACAAGUAGUGAAUUUGAAGCCAUGGUUUGUGGUUCACCAGAAAUACCUAUUAAUAUGCUACUCAGUAUUGUUACAUAUAAAGGUGUUGAAGCUCAUGAUAAGCUAGUUCAAUGGUUUUGGGAAAUCUUAAGUGAAUUUUCUAAUCAAGAGCGAUCAUUAUUUUUACGAUUUGUUUGGGGACGUACAAGACUACCAAGAACUAUUGAAGAUUUUCGUGGCCGAGAUUUCGUUCUACAUGUUAUUGAUCGUUAUUCGCCCGCAGAUAAUUUUUUACCUGAAAGCUAUACAUGUUUUUUUCUUUUGAAAAUCCCUCGCUACAGUAAUAAAGAUGUAAUGAAUGAAAAACUUAAGUAUGCUAUUCAUUUUUGUAAAUCAAUUGACACUGAUGAUUAUGCUAGAAUUGCGUUACCCAGAAGUAUGGAUGGGUCAUCUGUAGAUACUGAUAGUUUAAUCAGUGAAGAAGAUACUUAAAUCUUAAUAUCUUUAUUU